AUUUUCAAAAAUAGGGUCCUUACUUCUUCAUCUUAAAGUUUUUAGUUCUCUUACUUAUACCUGAUAGCUAAUCACUAAUUCUUUUCUGUUCAUUCUAGAUUUAUUCUUACUCAAAAAUGUCUACAGGUGAAUUCUUGGAGAAAGGAAUCCAAUUUAUUGAAAAGGCCAUAUCGCUUGAUGAAUCAAAUAACUAUGCUGACGCUUAUCAAGCCUAUUAUAAUGGAUUGGAUUAUCUCAUGUUGGCCAUGAAAUAUGAGAAAAAUUUAAAGUCAAGGGAAACCAUUAAACAGAAAAUCACUGAAUAUUUGACAAGGGCAGAGAAAUUAAAGGCUUAUCUUGACAAAAACAAUAAAAAUAAAGAAAACCAAAUAAAUACAGAUUCAGCAAAUGGUUCAACAAUUAAAAGAGACGGUGAUAAUAGUAAUAACAAUAAUGAUGACGAUGAUGAUGAAAAUAAAAAACUAAAAAAAUCUCUACAAUCCUCAAUUUUAAGCGAAAAACCAAACGUGAAAUGGGAUGAUGUCGCAGGUUUGGAGCAAGCUAAAGAAGCUUUGAAAGAAGCUGUUAUCUUGCCUGUCAAAUUUCCUCAGUUAUUUACUGGAAAGAGAAAACCGACUUCUGGUAUAUUACUAUAUGGUCCCCCAGGUACUGGUAAGUCCUUUUUGGCCAAAGCUGUCGCAACUGAAGCUAAUUCCACCUUUUUUUCGGUGUCUUCAUCUGAUUUAGUCUCAAAAUGGAUGGGUGAAUCUGAAAAAUUAGUUCGUAAUCUAUUUAAAAUGGCCAGAGAACAUGCUCCCUCAAUUAUCUUUAUUGAUGAAGUGGAUGCUCUUUGUGGACCCAGAGGCGAAGGCGAAUCUGAAGCCUCAAGAAGAAUUAAAACCGAAUUAUUGGUUCAAAUGAAUGGGGUUGGUAAUGAUUCAACUGGUGUUUUGGUUCUAGGAGCAACUAAUAUACCCUGGCAAUUAGACGCCGCUAUAAGAAGAAGAUUUGAAAGAAGAAUAUACAUUGCCUUACCAGAUUUGCAAGCAAGAGUUAGAAUGUUUGAAUUAAACGUCGGUAAUACUCCCUGUGAAUUAACUAAAAAUGAUUAUAAAUUGUUAGGGAAAAUAACUGACGGUUACUCAGGAUCCGAUAUAGCAGUUGCUGUUAGAGAUGCAUUAAUGGAACCAAUAAGAAAAAUUCAAACUUCAACUCAUUUUAAAUCUUUAACUGUUGAUGGAGUUGAAAAACUAACUCCUUGUUCCCCUGGCGAGAAAAAUUCAAUAGAGAAAAGCUGGAUGGAUAUUGAAAGUGAUGAAUUAUUAGAACCUCCUCUAACAAUUAAAGACUUCUUAAAAGCUAUAAAAAAGACAAGACCAACUGUUAAUUCAGCUGAUUUACACAAACAGGAGCAGUUUACAAAAGAUUUUGGUCAAGAAGGAAAUUAAUGAUUUAUUUAUUUCUAUGGUAUUAAUAAUAAUUUAUAUAUAA